AUGGACAACCUGGCUGACUACAGUGGCUCCUGUGCAUCCACACAACGGGAAUGGGACACCAGCAGCUGUGUCGACGAUUUUAUGGAUGAGGAUGAGAAGGACAGGGCAAAAAGGGCAUCCAGAAACAAAUCAGAAAAGAAACGACGAGACCAAUUCAACAUGCUCAUCAAGGAACUUUGCACUAUGCUGCAGGGUCAGGGCCAUCCUCGCAAAAUGGACAAAUCCACCAUUUUACAGAGAACUAUUGACUUCUUACAGAAACAGAAAGACAUCACUGCCCAGAAUGAAACCUGUGACGUAAAACAGGACUGGAAACCAUCUUUCCUCAGUAACGAGGAGUUCACACAGCUGAUGUUGGAGGCCCUGGAUGGUUUCUUAAUAGCAUUAACAACGGAUGGAAAUAUAAUUUAUGUAUCUGACAGUGUGUCCUCCCUUAUUGGUCAUUUACCGUCAGAUAUGGUGGACCAAAAUAUCUUGAACUUCCUCCCGGAAUGUGAACAUGGGGAGGUGUAUAAGCUGCUAUCAUCUCACAUGCUGAUGUCUGACCCCAUUGCUGCUGACUUUCUAGAGAGUGAAACACAUAUUGAAUUUUGCUGUCACCUCGCCAGAGGGAACAUUGACCCGAAAGAGCCACCUGUGUAUGAAUAUGUCAAGUUUGUAGGAGAUUUCAAGUUUCAAAGCAGUGUGCCUACGUCUUCUUGCAAUGGUCUGGAGUUAACUUUACCCAGAACUUUGCAGUCUUCGCUGGAGGAGCAGGUCUGCCUCAUCGCGACGGUUCGCUUAGUCACUCCUCAGUUUUUAAAAGAUUUAUGUAAUGUGGAAGACCCUUGUGAUGAAUUCACAUCUCGACACAGCCUUGAAUGGAAGUUCUUGUUCUUAGACCACAGGGCUUCACCAAUCAUCGGAUAUUUACCCUUUGAGGUUCUUGGUACCUCGGGUUAUGACUAUUAUCAUGUGGAUGACUUGGAGCUCAUUGCUCAAUGUCACAGGCAAUUAAUGCAGUUUGGAAAGGGCAAGUCGUGCUACUACCGUUUUCUCACCAAAGGCCAGCAGUGGAUAUGGCUACAAACUCACUAUUACAUCACCUACCACCAGUGGAACUCCAAACCCGAGUUCAUCGUCUGCACUCACACAGUAGUCAGUUAUGCAGAGGUACGAGCUGAGAGGAGGCGAGAGUUUGGCCUUGAAGAGCUGUCACCUCCCGAGAUAGCCCCCUCAUCAGUGAAGGCGCAGGAGCUCUACUUGGACAUCUGUUCAACUCUGGACCCUCCACGGGACAGAAACAGUGGCGCACAUUCCGUUUCGUCCCACAGCUCUCGAAAGUCCUCCCAUACAGCGCUGUCAGACUCUGCUUCAAACAGCUACUCCGAGGCCUGCACCCCGUCGUGGCAGCCCAGCUCUAUGGGAACAGAGAAGACCUCCAGGCACCAGCCCAGCAGUGCAAAGAAUUUGGUCCAAAGACAAAAAUCCUUUGACCUCGUUCCCCAAUUGAGCCUCCCAGUCUCCCCCGCCUGCAGCAAGCACUCUGGCAUGCCUCCGCAGACAGCCCCCUCACAAUCCUCGUCGAUGUACGGGAUACCGCAGCCACAGCUCGGGGUCAUGAACCAACUGAAGGAGCAGCUGGAGGAGCGCACACGCAUCCUGCAAGCCGACAUCAAGACCCAACAGCAGGAGCUCCAUGACAUUAAGGAGAAGCUUCAGAUGGCUAAUCUGCAGAUGUUGUUGCAGCAGCCAAUUCACAAUGACUUUGGCCAAGAGCAGCCGCCUCAGCAGCAGGGUCCCGGGAGGCCGGACCCUCAGAGCCAGAGCUCCGGAGUGAUCAGGCAGCACGCGGGACAUCCCAAACCACACAGCUCACCUCACACACUCAUGAGAGAAAACAGCUCUCCGUCAAUGCAGAGGGUUGGGCGCAGCGGGCAGACCCAGGCAGUGAGUGUACCGGUGCAGACAAGCACCAGCCUCACCAUGCCCUUUCACAGUAACCCCAUGAUGUUCUCCCAGACCAACACAAGAUCUCUGCAGGACGCAAACCAAAGACCCGCUGACAACGAGUUCAGUCAAGACGGACAGUUACGUAUGCUUCUGAACCAGCAAAUGCAAACCCUUUCAGUCCCAACCAGCAGUGUCUCGUCUCAGUCUUCACAGUGCAAUAUGGGCCUCCCCCAGACCAUAUAUACCUUGGAUCAGCAGAUCAUUGCUCCUUCCUUCUCCAUGCAGCAGUCGCACUCAGCCUACCACCCCCAACCUCAGGCUUCGCGCCACUCUUUGCAGCUGCAGCAACCUCCACAAUUCUUUCAGAUGACUCAAGGUCUGGGAUCUACUUCUGCAUUCUUGCACACCACAAAUGUUCCACAGCAAAGCACUGUGGGGUACAUUCAGCAGCAGUCAACGCAGCAGCAACAGCAGCAGCGACAAUAUCCACAUUCCCAAAACCAGAAUGCCAGUGACUUCCGUAACAUGCUCACACGGUAG